AUGUCUGCCCCUCUACCAGCCGGGUUUGACCCCGAAAAGGCAGACAAUUUUGAGGAUAUUGAGAAGCAGUUUGCUGUCAAAGCUGUGCAGCACAUGUCCACAUACUGGGCGAUUCUCGAGAAGAUGCCUGGAUCGAAAUUAAGACUUACAAAGAUGGAUGAUGAGAUAUACGAGCAUUUAAUGGCCGACUUCCCCGAAUUCGACCCUGCGAAACCUAUUGAUGAGGAUGAGAUGAAGAGCAAAACCGGCAAAGAGCGUUGGCGAAAAUUCAUGAUGGCAUACGAAAAAAAGGUGGAAGAUUACAACUUCGGGACCAUGUUAAGAACAGAUCCGAAAGUUGAAUACGAGCAGGACACUUCUAUAUUUGUUCCUCGUAUGCAAUUCUACGCGAUCGAAAUUGCUCGAAACCGCAAGGGUCUUAACGAUUGGAUCAACGAGAGUCACAGUAAGGAGAAGGAGGCCGCUAAAUAA